CGCGCUAGUCCCGGUUCGAGCGCCAGCAGCGACUUCCCAAGGAAACAACAGUAGUUAGCGACUUCACAUUCGCGCACAUUUCCAGCUCGCCGCCAUCGAAGUUCGCACUGCAUCCGAAUCACCACUUCACCUCUAUACCGUUGCCAUCUUCCGCGUCCUUCUCGACUACCGCCUCCGUCGAUUCGACGCGUUCCCCCAAGCGCAGCACUCCUCUGGCCUCAAAAUCCAAUUCUGAUGGCUCAAAUACCCUCGCAGCCGCGCGCCUACUCUCAAGCGUACGUCCCCAACGGAGCUCCGCAGCCCGGUGGCCCAGUGCCAGGAGCUCGACCACUCGAUCCCAACCAGGGUCGCGUGCAACAGAUUGGCCAUGCGCGUGUGUUAUGUAUAGCGGAUGUGCGAGGCAACUUGCGGCAGCUCAACGAGCUCGCGCAUAAUGCAAAAGCAGACUACAUUAUCCACACUGGCGACUUUGGCUUCUACGACGACACAUCCCUGGAUCGCAUCGCCGAGAAGACCUUGAAGCAUGUCGCCCAGUAUUCGCCACUGCUUUCUGAGCAGAUCAAAGCAGACAUUGCUCGAGUUGGCACGCAACAAUCGAUAAAAGAGCGAUUCCAACGCGAGCGCCUGCCCCUUUCCGAACUUCCACACUUUUUGAACAAAACCUACCGGCUCGACGUUCCAGUGUUCACGGUAUGGGGUGCCUGCGAGGACGUGUCAGUGCUGGAGAAAUUGCGGUCUCAAGAAUACAAGAUCGAGAACUUGCACGUCAUCGACGAGUCGCAUUCGCGCCUGCUCGACAUCGGCGGUGUGAAGCUGCGUCUGUUGGGGCUAGGAGGCGCGGUCGUGAUGCACAAGCUAUUUGAUAACGGCGAAGGUCGGACAACAAUCGCAGGCGGUCAAGGCACCAUGUGGACCACGUUGUUGCAAAUGGGCGAACUCAUCGAUACGGCGAACCGCGUUUACGACCCGACCGAGACACGAGUGCUCGUCACGCACGCCUCACCUGCUCGGGAGGGUCUCCUCAACCAGUUGUCCGUCACCCUCAAGGCGGAUUUCUCCAUCUCGGCUGGUCUGCACUUCCGUUACGGCAGCUCCUACAACGAAUUCUCCGUCAAUCCAUCUCUCGAUCACUACCGGGGCAAGCUGUCGGCAUCCCGAGCAUCUUUCAACGAUGUAUGGGAGACAGUGAAGCACGAAGUAGAGCCAGCCGUCUCUGAGAAUGAUGCUCAGCACAAACUGCUGCAACUUGCACUAGAGCUCGUGGGCAAGAUGCCGGCUGUUGCCAGUGGAGGCAACCCGUUCGGAGGCUCAACAAACGGUGCUGUGGACGAGUCGGCCUUCAAGAACAUGUGGAACUUCAACCUCGCCGAUGCUGCGUUUGGAUGGCUUGUGCUCGACAUCGACCAGGGCCGCAUUGGGACUGAGAUGCGUGCUCAAGGCUUCAAUUUCUCGCAUCGCUCCGGCAAAGGUCAGCAGCGACCACAAGGAGUCGGCCCUGCACCAGUCAGCGCUGCCGUUGGCCCCGCCUCAACCAACUUGCCUCCAGCAGCUCAACAGCCAUCCGCGGGCGCGCAGCAGCAGACUCGAUCGCAGCCUGGUGCCCCUCAGAACCCACAAACGCAAGCCCCACAACAACAGCGCAACCAGCAGGCAGCGACACCGCAGACCGGCUCGACAGUACAGGGGAGCAAGCCUGCAGCGGCGCAAGCUCCUCCGAUUGUCAACGGGAACGGAGGCCCAGCCAACAACGAUACGACCCAAGUUAAUGGCAGCUCACCUGCUGAGGGCAAGCCGGACGCUGCACAGACGAACAAACAAGGCAACGCACAUAGCUCACCUCAGCAGCCACAGGAGCCUUCUAAGGGCAUCUUCAUUCAGAACGCCACGAACGUGAAUACUGCGGACGAGCUAAAGGCCCAGUUGUUCGCACCCGAGGACGCGGACAAGAUCAGCAAUGUUGAGAAGGCUGGUCCAGGCCGAUGGGUUGCACACUUUCCCUCAAACGAGGUCAUGCAAGAUGUGCUCAAACGUGGUCCCGUGAAAGAUGCGGGUGACAAGAACAAGGGCGUGCGAUUUGCUGCAUUCCGAGCCCGAGGCGGCUUCAGCGGUGCCGGGGGCUGGGGCAGCUCUCGUGGCGGCCUGAGCCAGCGUGGUGGAGGAGAAGGCAGAGGGGGCUACCAAUCAGCUGGCGGAGCCACCACCGGCAGCGACAGUGAGUCUGGUCGUGCCCGAGGAGGUCGAGGCCGCGGAGGCUUCAGCCGUGGGCGAGGUCGCGGUCGCGGCAAGGCAGAUGGCGCUCCAGCUGGCGCAGAGUCCUGAACAGUCCGCACCAUGUGAGACAUCAUUGUGGCGGACUCAAUUCGAUAUCGAGCGUUGUCGAUGUCAAGCCCGUUCUGUGGCUGGCGCCGGUGUUCGAGGGGCGGAGGACAAAAAGUGCAUGCACACAGUUGCUUUGAUACCCGGGCACGAGCGUCGCAUAGUUUUUUGUAAUUGUAACUAGAACAGGAGGCCGGUGACAGCACUUGCGAUAGCAGGGCUCCGGACACUGCCUCUGCAGCACGCGUCGGCUGAACAGAGCAGUUCCCGCACGCUCAGCGGCAAGUCGAGAGAGCAAUGUGUACUGUACUGUACGCAAAGUAGCAUAGCACCAGCCAAACAAUGUAGAAACUCGAUCGCGCGCA